UUGUUAUAACAUAAAAAGUGAUUAUUUGGAAUCUUUGAAAAGUUGUACGCAACAUUUAGCAGUUUAUAUUGAAGAUGAACGAAAAUAUCUCAAAUUAAUUCCGAUAUUAAGUCGAGAGUUUCAAUGUACGUUUACUGACAUUGUUGUUACUACUUGUAGUGAUGGUAUUUUGGAUCAUUUGAAGAUGAAAAAUGAUGUUCCAAAUGAAAUAAUAGUUGGAAAUACAUGUAGAGAAAUUAAUGAAAAUAUUAAUACAGUGUGGAACCUUUUAAGAAAUGAUGUAACGGUUCAGUGUUAUAAAUUCCCUUGUAAAACAGAGGAGAAUUUUUAUAUAAAAAUAAAGUCUUGGAUUCAAGAAGUGAAGAAACAGAGAAAUACGGCAAAUUUUCAAAUUCUAUAUUUUCUUGCAAAAAUAUUUACGCUUUUCCCUCAAAUUCUUAUGAACUCAUUCAUAACUGUAAGCGUAAAAAAAACUUGCUUAGCUUUCACAAAUAUACCGGGACCUGAUUCUGGAAAAAUAGGCGAUAUAAAUGUGGAAAAAUCUUUUCUGUUUGUAAAUCAUUUCGGCGGACCAAAAUUUGGGUUGACUUUGUUUUCAUUUAAUGGAAAACUUCACGCCACUUUAAUAUCUGACAAACAAACCAACAUCAAUAGAGAAGAUUUACAACAGAUUUUAAAUAAUUCUUUUAAAAAAAUUGAUGAAUUGUUAGAAAUUAAAAAUAAAUAAACGUUUACGAAGUAA